GAGCUUGAGGCCUGCUCCCAUACAUCCCCACUCUGGCUUUGUUGAUCCUAUUGUCUCCUGCGUCACCACACGUCGCCCGGCAAAUAAAGGCCGUCUGGCUCCAAGCUUAAAUAUUGCAGCAAACUAAAAACCAACCAUCAGAGCCGAUUCACUCACAUCUGCUCAGUGGGGCGACAAGGACAGGGCUUUAGGUGGGAAAGAGGGCAGAAAAAAGUUCACUUUUCCCUGCUGGGUGCCAAGAGAACGGGACAGGACUCAACCUCGCCGGAGCCGCAGCUGUGUGCUACGGACCGAUCAUGGGUGACUGGAGCUUUCUGGGUAAUAUUUUAGAGGAAGUUAACGAGCACUCUACGGUGAUCGGCCGGGUGUGGCUCACGGUGCUCUUUAUCUUCCGCAUCCUCAUCCUGGGUACGGCGGCCGAGUUUGUGUGGGGCGAUGAGCAAUCUGACUAUGUGUGCAACACGCAGCAGCCUGGAUGCGAGAACGUGUGCUACGACGAGGCCUUCCCCAUCUCCCACAUCCGUCUGUGGGUGCUGCAGAUCAUCUUCGUGUCCACACCAUCUCUGGUGUAUGUGGGUCACGCCGUGCACCACGUCCACAUGGAGGAGAAGCGCAAAGAGCGCGAGGAGGCAGAACUCAGCCGGCAGCAGGAACUGAGCGAGGAGCGUCUCCCUCUGGCGCCCGACCAGGGAAGUGUGCGCACCACAAAGGAGACCAGCACCAAAGGAAGCAAAAAGUUCCGGCUGGAGGGAACCCUGCUGAGGACCUACAUCUGCCACAUCAUCUUCAAGACACUGUUUGAAGUUGGCUUUGUGGUGGGCCAGUACUUCCUAUAUGGCUUCAGAAUCUUACCGCUAUACAAAUGCAGCCGCUGGCCCUGCCCCAACACGGUGGACUGCUUUGUGUCGCGCCCAACAGAGAAAACUGUCUUCAUCAUUUUCAUGUUGGCCGUGGCCUGUGUCUCACUCUUCCUCAACUUUGUGGAGAUCAGCCACUUGGGCCUGAAGAAAAUCCGCUUCGUCUUCCGUAAGCCGGUGCCGGCCCCCGCCACGGCGGCGGCCCCGAGCGAAGCGUCGGCCCCCGCCUCGUCCGUGGGGAAGAGCCUGCCCCCUCUGGCCGUCCCCUCCCUGCAGAGGGUGAAGGGCUACAAGCUGCUGGAAGAGGAGAAGGCCCCCCCCAUGACCCACCUCUACCCCCUGGCCGAGGUGGGCAUGGAGGCCGGCAGAGGGGCCACGCUCUUCCACGCGCUGGAGGAGAAGCCGGAGGAGGUGCUGCCCAUGGAGGACAUCACUAAGGUGUACGACGAAACUCUGCCCUCGUACGCCCAGACCACCGAGACGGCGAGCGUGACGUUACACGAGGAAGAGCCCGAAGAGGUGCAGCCACCACCCGUGGUGGAGGCGGAGGUGGAGAGGGUGGAGGUGGAGAGGGUGGAGGCAGAGAGGGUGGAGGAGCCCGCCGAGGAGGAUGUUGAGGUUGUAGAGGAAACCGUGAACGGGGAGGAGGCAGCUCCCGCCGAGGCGGGCAUGGAGGCAACGGAUACGAUAGAAGACACCAGACCGCUGAGCCGACUGAGCAAAGCCAGCAGCAGGGCCAGGUCAGACGAUCUCACUGUAUGAACCUGUGAGAGAAAAGCACAUACACUCCCGCACACGUAAAACGCAUCCGCAUCCGAGAGAGAAAAACACACCAACUCAAGACACUGCACACUCUUGAACAGGGAGGCCAGAGCCGGAUGAAAAAGCAAAAAAAAAAAAAACAGGGACAGAUUAGGGAGCAAAAAACGACGCAGUUUUACCAGGCGACGAAUAAAGAAACAAAAGAUCUGAGUGUUUGUGAUUCAAAUAAAAUCUCAUAAAAAAGUAGAGUUAAAGGGAGGAGUACAGAGCAGUUUUUUUCUUUUAUCUUUUUUUUAAAACAACAGUGUUCUCGCAUUUGACAAAAAUGCCACGGACACGCGCGCGGAGGCACGGGGGGUGGUUUUUACUUGACGAAAAUCCAUGUUCAGUUUUUAGACAUCUUUUCUAUUGAAAGAGUUAUAAUCACAUACAAUGGAGGAAUAGACAUUUGUACAUGAGGUUUGAGUAGAUAGGAGGAAGAGAAUUAUAAUAUACCUGUGUGCCUGUAAAUCAGUAAUAUUGCUGUAGUUAGGCAAUGACUUUCAUCUGCAGCACACGGCUGCAAGCCUUGCGGGUAAGAGGGCUCUCGCACAGGAAACACACGACCACUGGUACAUUUACAGGUACUGUACACGGAUCUCUGAAACGGGAGGAAGAGUCCAUUUUCAUGUAGAGACGAGUGUACCUCGUUUGCACAUCCGGAGGUUUCAACUCUGCAAACCUUUAACCCUUACAAAACCUCAUCUAUGCAUCCAUUUACAUAGGAUUCUCUCAAGUGAAGGGGGGACGUGCAUCAGUUUCAGAGCAUUUCUCUCCUUGUCGUGUUUAUAUACCAGGUGCUAAAGCCAGAGCUGAGUUUGUGAGGAAAAAAAAACACACAAAAAAAACGAAAAAAAAAAAACAAGCACGCAAACAAACAAACUAAAAAAAAAUGCAUAAAAAGAAGACCACAUGUUGAAUGUCUUUUUCAAUGUGAUUCCACAUCUUUUCACUUUGGACCUGCUUCUGUUAUGUAGCCUUUAAGGAAUGUGCACUGUGACAUCAGCUGUCCAUGGAAGAGAGCGGGGUUCAUGUCGCCCUAUCAGAGAAUGAACUAUAGUAGUGACCUCAGGCCAAAUCCUCCCUUUUCGUGCUGUACAAACAGGCAUCCGGGCGAUAAAGAUCACGCACCAUCAGCACAAAGUAUUGUUGGACGCGAGACAAUAAAAGAAACCACUCUCAUCAAUGAAAACAAGCAUCCUUGACCUGGCUCUAGCAGAAAAUAAAAACCUAAAAAUGAAAAACUUUUAACUCAGUUAAAGAUCCUCAUCCCACAAGAAGACACAGCAGAUGCAACUCUCUUGCAAAUUUAGAUUGAAACAAACAAAAGUGGGAGUCUGACUGUACAUAUUUGCCUUAUCGCAUGUCUAAUGAUGUACGUAACGAGCACAGCGGCUGUAUCUACUAAUUACACUGUCACUGAUGUUCUGAAUGUGAUGCCAUUACCUUCAUCUCACAAACCCAAUAAAAUUAAGUUGGUUCAUGGAGCAAAAUUGAUCAUCGAGCAGAGUUAAGUUUUUUUUUAUUUUUUUUUUUUAAUUUUUGUUGUUUUUUUUAUUUUUGUUUUGUAAAUGCGAAGCACGUUAAAGUUUGCCUUUGGUUCAUAUCACAGAUGGUUACAUUCUCUGGCUUUGUUUAGUCGAACUGCAUUAAAUCCUGUGCCUUAUCUGUAUAUGUGGAUCGUUGUCAGAUUGUACUUGAUGGUUAUAUUGCUGUGGGGCCAAUGUCAACUGUUUUUUCUUUGCUUUUUUUGAUCUUUAAUAAUUUGAUUUGUGUUUGUGCCCUCUCUCCACACACACACAUGCACGCACAAAGCCCACCCACCAGCAAAACUGUGUUCCUGUAAUAGGCUGACUUUUUUUUUUUCCUCUUUUGAAACACUAUUUAUGCAUUAAGUUGCAUUUUGUGGGCAUAAACACAUUUACACAAUACGGGCAUACAUUCAAGCAUGUGCCGCUACAGCGUUCAGCCGCUACAGAAUUCAGUUGUGGAUUUUGGGGGUAUGAUCAAACGGCUAAAGAAAAAUUCAUCGUCAGGAGGCGACUUUGUGACCCUUUGUGACCCCCAAAAUCUGCUCACAUCCCGUGUUUUAAUGCAGCAACUCGUACAAGCACACAACAAAGCUUUGAUCAGAGCACAACACUGAUUUUUUUUUUUUUUUGUACAUCAUGACUUGUAUUGUAAGACUUUUUCUUUCUUUCUUUUUUUUUCUUUUUGUAUUUUAGGGCUGUUGCAUUACCUGUAUGCUUGUAAGAAGACAUUAUUAAUAUUUGGGAGAAAAAAACUACAAAAAAACGAACAAAAAACAAACAAUCAUUUUACUAACUUGUAGUCUUCAUUGCUGAUAGAUGCGUGGCUGUAUCUUCUUUUGGACUAUGAACCAACGCAAUUAAAAGUCACACGUGGUCAAGAAA